AUUUUGGUGACUUUAGUGACUAUGGCUCUGGUAGUUAUCCUCUUACUGGACAUGACUUCGGCUCAAAUCACGUUUUCAAAGGACUGGCGUCCGGGCGGUAAGCGAUCACUCAAUGACUACGGCUGCCAGCAGAUGAACGAUAUGGCAGUCAUUAAGAUCAGAGAUCUCAUUAAAAGAGAAUCCUUGAAUAUUCUUCAGUGCGAAUCCGGCUCUCAUAUCACAGCACCAAAUGAUUCAAUCAAAUAA